CUUCAACCCUAUCCCGUCUCUCUCCCGGUCAGCCGUCCUGCGAACGCCACUCCUCCGCCAGCCUUCAACGCCCUUCCUCGCUGCCGACCUACGUUCUCGCCAGCCACGCCAGCCCUCCUGCCACGCCGUCCCGCCCAGCCCCGCCAGCCACGCCGUCUUCCCCAGCCACGCCAUCAUCUCCAACCGCUCCACCAGCCGUCACCACCCGCCCACCAGCCGUCGCCACCCGUUGUUGACGCCGCUACACGACAGCCGUUUCUCUUCCCCGCCGGACAUCCUCUGCAUCUUUGCCGUACCUCAAUCGCCUUAAAAGAAUGGUGAAAAAUAAGGAUCGCGUAGAAGGUUCCAUAGCCAAUGCGUAUUUAGUCCGAGAGGCAUCCUACUUCUGUUCUCAUUACUUUGAAGAACACGUUUACACGCGAGCAAGAAAUGUUCCUCGUAAUGACCCUGAAUCACGAGAAGGUGUUGAUGUUACAAAUAAUGAGAUUUUUGACAUAUUUCAAUCACCAGGACGGUUACAAGGGAAAAUGCGUAAAAGGCAACUUACUCCGGAGGAACUAAAAGCCGCACACCAUUACGUACUCUUUAAUUGUCCGGAGAUUGAUCCUUAUAUUACGUUGUGCGCAAAUGAGAUUAAAGAGUCUACAUCACAGAUUAGUGAAGAAUCCCUGUUGAAACGUGUAGAGGAGACUAAAACAUGGUUCAAAGCGUGCGGUGUACAACAGUGGCCCUUGUACGUCAGGGUGGGGGAGAGUAUUGAGGAUCAGGAGGAUGGAGUUGGCGAUGACCAUGACUUCGAGGACUGCUUUGGCAAGGGACGCAGUGGCGGGGCGCGUGAUGGUGAGGACGAGGUCCACGAUAAUGUGGACCAACAGGGUGGAUAUCAUGAGGGUCCCAGUCAUCACGGUCAGUUUGUGUAUGUCAGUUCGGAUGACGAGCUUACAAUCACUAGAGCUGGUGCUGCGCUCAUCACACCAGCAUUCUACGAGAGGACGGACGCGACUGGCUUUUCGUGGGGCAAAGUCUCAAAGACAACGAAGGAGUUCUACUUUCGAGAGUUCAAGAAAAAUGCUCGAGUGGAUCCGUCCAUUGAUGAGGGCAUGCUGAGGAAAGCUUUUUUCAGGAAAGCUGCUGAACGGUACGCGAGUUAUACGUACAAUCAAAGGAACCCAACUCGAUUGAAAAAGAAGAAGAUGGACCCUCGGCCACUUGAGCAGUUGAAGAAGGUUUGGGAAGAGGAUCCAGAGUUUUUGGAGUUGAGUAAGACGAAGAAGAAGAACAGAAGAAAGGGAAAAGAGGAUGGUCCUGCUCUUGGGACUUAUUGCGGAGGUACAAUUCCAUUUUCUGAAAAUAUGAAUCGAUUGGCUAAGAAGAAAGGGGCGCCUGUGCAGUUGGAUGAGGUUAUCAUCCACACAAAGACAAAGAAGCACGAUGGCAAGACUUGGGUGGAUCCAGGACAUGCUGAGCUACAGGCACAAUUCUUCGAACUGCGCGAGGAGGCUAGACAAAAUGGACUUAAAGUCACCGACGAAGAAAUAUGGUACUCGCUAGUCGAGGGCCAUAACGCAAAGAACCGUGUUCCUGGAGUUGGUGACUAUGCACGGGAAAUGAAGAAGAUCAAUCCGUCCUCCAAACCUCGCCGUUCCAGCACUAGUAGCAGCAGUGCGGCAGAGAUGGCAGCACUUAAAGAGCAAAACCAAACUUCUCGCUGACGAUUCAGGAGGAAAUAAGGAAGUUAUAUGGUG